AUGGGCAGUGUUGAAAUUCCAACAAAGGUUCUUACCAACACAUCUGCUCAAAUUAAGAUGCCUGUUGUUGGAAUGGGAUCAGCACCUGACUUCACUUGCAAGAAAGACACCAAAGAAGCAAUCAUUGAAGCCAUCAGACAAGGUUACAGACACUUUGAUACUGCUGCUGCUUAUGGCUCCGAACAAGCUCUUGGUGAGGCUUUGAAUGAGGCUAUUCAACUUGGUCUUGUCACUAGAGAAGAGCUUUUUGUUACUUCCAAACUUUGGGUUACUGAAAAUCAUCCUCAUCUUGUUAUUCCUGCUCUCCAAAAAUCUCUCAAGACUCUUCAGUUGGAUUACUUGGAUUUGUAUUUGAUUCAUUGGCCACUUAGUUCUCAGCCCGGGAAGUUUUCAUUUCCUAUUGAUGUGGCUGAUCUCUUGCCAUUUGAUGUGAAGGGUGUGUGGGAAUCCAUGGAAGAAAGUUUGAAACUUGGACUCACUAAAGCUAUUGGAGUUAGUAACUUCUCAGUCAAGAAACUUCAAAAGCUACUAUCUGUUGCCACUGUUCUUCCUGCAGUUAAUCAAGUGGAGAUGAACCUUGCAUGGCAACAAAAGAAGCUGAGAGAGUUUUGCAAUGAAAAUGGAAUAGUGUUAACUGCAUAUUCACCAUUGAGGAAAGGUGCAAGCAGAGGAGCAAAUGAGGUUAUGGAGAAUGAUAUGCUUAAACAGAUUGCAGAUGCUCAUGGAAAGUCUAUUGCACAAAUAUCUCUGAGAUGGUUAUAUGAACAAGGAAUCACUUUUGUUCCAAAGAGCUAUGAUAAGGAGAGAAUGAACCAAAAUUUGAGUAUCUUUGAUUGGCCACUGACAAAGGAGGAUCACGAGAAAAUCGAUCAAAUUAAGCAGAACCGUCUAAUCCCUGGACCAACCAAACCCAGUCUCAAUGAUCUUUGGGAUGAUGAAAUAUAA